AUGGCAACCAUGGUUGAGAAUGAGGGAAGAGCAGUUGAUGACCAAGAACUAGUGAUUAUUGAAGGAGAAGAAAAAGAUGAAGAGGAACAGUUGAGGGAGGAAAAAAUAAAUGAGAAUGAGAAAGAAAAAGAAGGAGAGCAGAAAAAUAAUAGCGAGAAAGAAAUAAAUCAGAUGCCACUAUAUUCAAAAUUCUUGAAAGAUCUGUUAACUAAGAAGAGCAAGUACAUUCACAGUGACAAUAUAGUUGUGGAAGGAAAUUGCAGCACAGUGAUCCAAAGAAUCCUUCCACCUAAGCACAAAGAUCCUGGAAGUGUCACAAUUCCAUGCUCUAUUGGUUCUGUGUCUGUUGGAAAGGCUCUCAUUGAUUUGGGAGCCAGCAUUAACUUGAUGCCACUCCCCAUGUGUAGGAGGCUAGGAGAGUUGGAAAUUAUGCCAACGGGAAUGACACUACAGCUUGCAAAUCGUUCUAUAGUAAGGCCAUAUGGGGUGAUUGAAGAUGUUCUAGUUAAGGUGAAGCAGAUUACCUUCCCCGCAGAUUUUGUUGUAAUGGAUCUUGAAGAGGAAGCUGAAAUUCCCUUGAUUUUGGGCUGUCCCUUCUUGUCAACAGCCAGUUGUGUGGUAGACAUGAAUGUUACAUUUGACUUAUUUGAGGCGAUGAAGCACCCAAAUGAUAAUAAGGCCUAUUUUAAAGUAGAAAAAGUGGAAGAUGAGAUAGAUAUGGUAGCUAGAGCCAUGGUAUUGCAGUCUCCACUUGAAAAAGCACUAAACAACACUGUAGAAUGUCUGACCAUGGAAGAAGAAAAAGAAGUGCAGACUUGUCUUGAAGAAUUAGAUGGUGUAAAGGAAAAAUCUGUUGGACAUGUGGUAUUUGAAGAAUUGAAAAACAAUUGGCCAACAGAAAAAGCUAAAGUAGAGUUGAAGACCCUUCCUGAACAUCUAAAGUAUGUAUUUUUGGGGGAGAAUGAAGCCAAUCCAGUGAUCAUCAAUAGUUCUUUGAGGAUGGAAGAGGAGGAUCAACUAGUGAAGGUAUUAAAGAAACAUAAGGUAGCCAUUGGAUGGCACAUUUCUGAUUUGAAAGGAAUCAACCUUUCUUAUUGUAUGCAUAAGAUCAAUAUGGAAGCUGACUAUAAGCCUGUGAGAUAG